AUGGCAGGGACUACUGAUUCGUAUCAGCAAACGAGCUAUGGAUUUGCGAUCGGAACACCCGUGGCUACACAGAACACGAACGUUGCAGUAGUAAGUGACGUAUUCUGCUGUCCUUACCCGCUCCAGCUAACCGUCAAGAAGAAAUGUAAAGGACUAAGCGGAGCGAAGCUAGAGGUGGUGGACCUCAACUCUAACGUCGUUCUCCGUGUCGACGGUCCUCACGACAGCUUCAGCAAGAAACGCGUCCUUCGUGACCCCGCGGGUUACCCUCUUCUCACCAUGCGCGAGAAGUUGACGUCGUUACAUGAUGGAUGGACGGUUCACCGAGGAGAAGGCUCAGAUCCAAGGGAACUGAUGUUUACGGUGAAACGUUCUCAUGCUCUUCAAUGGAGAGCUCGCCUCGAUGUCAUCUUUCAAUCUCAUUAUGGAAACUUCAGCGUUGUAGGCACUUACUUCGACGACUCAGCCAAGGUCUACCAUUCCAACGCUGUCAUCGCCGAGGUGAAGGAGAAGACGACAUUUGGAGGAUUUUUCAAGGGGAAACAAGACUUUGUGGUUAGAAUAAAUGCAGGCGUUGACUAUGCUUUUAUUGUCUCUCUCCUCGUCAUUUUGAACGAGACCAACACAAUCUUCUAG